CUGUCAUGUCUGUCUCGUUUUAAAAACACACGAAAGCACCAAAACUUCAUUGCAUCUCCAUCUCUCUGCACUUCCGGUGUUUUCUCACACGCAACAUGUUCUGCUGAGCUGCACGCGCGCGAGUAAAUACCGUUUGCAUCGCUUUGCAUGUGUUUGACUUAAAUAGCCCCACGCAACAAAACACCCGACCGGACCACAGCAGCUGACCGUAUGGAGGACAAGCUGGACAUGGAUGUGCACGCGUCCCACCGGAGCAUCAGGAAAUCUUUCCAAGGCAAAUCCAAACUCACUUCCAGCCCCAAACCCAGCAAGAAGGAGCGGAAACACGAUAGCGGAUUUUGGCUAUUUAAAAAGAAAAGACCCAAUGGUUUGGAUCAGGUGCUGUCUUCUUCUCAACCCGACUUGAUAAGCGCUGUAUCAGCUCCGGACGGAAGUCACGGGGGUGACAGUGAUGGGUCGCCCUGCGGCACGCCGGAGCAGAGUGCGGGGAGAGCGGCGGCAACAGCAGCGUUCGGUGCGGAGAUCCAAACGCUGAAGAGAACCGUCAGCUGCAAACCGACUGUAGCGCAUUUGGUGCAUAAAGCCGCGCAGCAGACAUGUGAACAAAUCGAGGAUGCUGUUAAUGAUACUGAUGAGGAACAGUCGGAGAACAGUGUGGGUAGCAACGCAGCGGACAGUGCCAACACACAACCAUCAAUGCCCAUCUCAACAAUGUACCAGCUGGAUAUUGUGUUGAAAAGAGGAAAUAAUCUGGCCAUUCGAGACAGAGGCGGAACAAGUGACCCAUAUGUGAAAUUCAAAAUUGCCAGUAAAGAAGUUUUCCGUAGUAAAACAAUCCACAAGAACCUUAACCCGGUUUGGGAUGAACGAGUUUGCUUAAUAGUAGAGAAUUUACAAGAGCCUCUAUAUAUCAAGGUGUUUGAUUAUGACUUUGGCCUUCAGGAUGACUUUAUGGGCUCAGCAUACCUGUAUCUUGAAUCUUUGGAGCUUUGCAGACCUCUUGAUGUUCGGUUGGACCUUCAGGAUCCUCACAGUCGAGAUCAGGAUCUGGGCUCUUUGGAGCUGGUGGUUACAUUGUUCCCAAGAGGCACGGUGGAUAAAGAGAUCCUCAGACAGACACAACAGAGUUUUCGCUCGCCAGAGUUUCACAGAAAGUCUCAGCUGUGGCGAGGCAUCGUCAGCAUCAGCCUCAUUGAGGGUCGUGACCUCAUCCCUAUGGACCAGAACGGCCUCAGUGACCCUUACGUCAAAUUCAGACUUAACCAUCAGAAGUACAAGAGCAAAACCAUUCCUAAAACCCUCAACCCUCAGUGGAGAGAACAGUUUGAUCUUCAUCUGUUAGACGAGGAGGGGGGAAUCCUGGAGAUCUCUGUAUGGGACAAAGACAUUGGCAGGAGAGAUGACUUCAUCGGCCAGUGUCAGGUGGAUCUGUCCAAAUUGAGCAGAGAGAAGACGCACAAGCUGGAUGUUGAGUUGGAGGAGAAUAAAGGACGACUGUUUCUGCUGGUGACUCUCACGGCCACUGCCGCCGUCUCGGUUUCUGACCUGUCUGUUAACAUGCUGGGUGACGCAGAAGAACGCCAGGAGAUUAUUAAUAGAUAUAGUCUUCUGAAGUCGUUUUUUAACUUGAAGGAUGUGGGAAUCGUGCAGGUGAAGAUCUUGAGGGCAGAGGGGCUGAUGGCCGCUGAUGUCACGGGAAAGAGCGAUCCAUUUUGUGUAGCAGAGCUGAGUAAUGACCGUCUGCAGACGCACACAGUCUAUAAGACGCUGAAUCCAGAGUGGAAUAAAGUCUUCAUAUUCAAUGUGAUAGACAUUAACGCCGUGCUGGAAGUCACCGUCUACGACGAGGAUCGGGACCGCAGCGCCGACUUCCUGGGUAAAGUGGCCAUCCCAUUACUAAACAUCCGCAACGGCGAACAGAAGGCCUACGUCUUGAAAAACAAGGAGCUGACAGGGCCAACAAAAGGGCUCAUCUUUCUCGAAGCAGACGUCAUUUUCAACAGCGUGAAAGCCGGUUUGCGGACGUUCGUCCCGCAGGAAGAGAAGUACUUUGAAGAGGAGUCCAAACUCUCUAAACAGCUGUUGCAGCAGAAUUUUAACCGUGUGAAGCGCUGUGCUCUCUUCCUCAUGAAUGUGGGCUCGUACAUCAACAGCUGCUUUCAGUGGGACUCUCCGCGCAGGAGUCUCUGUGCUUUCCUGAUCUUUGUAUUUGUAGUUUGGAACUUUGAGUUCUACAUGGUGCCGUUGUUCCUGUUGCUGCUGCUGAUGUGGAAGUUCUUCAUGCUGGCGUCCGGGAGGGAAACGCGCGAACGGGCCGUGCAAACAAUGGAAGACUUUCUUGAAGAUGAGGAUGAAGUUGAUGACAAAGAUGAAAAGGAGUCGGAGAAAAAGGGCUUUCUGGACAAAUUCUAUGCGAUUCAGGAUGUGAUCAUCACGGUUCAGAGCACUCUGGAUGAAGUCGCAUGCUUUGGGGAAAGAAUUAAGAACACAUUUAAUUGGACCGUGCCGUUUCUCAGCUGGUUAGCCAUAACGGUGCUGUGUGCCGGUGCUGUGCUGCUGUAUUUGAUCCCGCUGCGCUACAUUGUGUUGGCCUGGGGCAUCAACAAAUUCACCAAGAAACUUCGAAACCCUUACCUCAUUGAUAACAACGAGCUGCUGGAUUUUUUGUCUCGGGUUCCCUCAGAUGUUCAGAUGGUUCAGUACAGAGAGCUAAAGCCGGAUUCAAGCCAGAGUCCCAGCCGGAAAAAGAAGAACUGAUUCCUCUAAAGACGUUUUAAAUCGAUGGCUUCCGAAACACUUCUCGUGUUAAAUACACUGUGAACAUCAGUUUAAUUUUAGUUUUAAAAAGAUAUUUAUAUAGUUUUAUAUGCAAAUCUGCAUAUUACAAUCAGUUAGUAAUAGUAAUAUGGCACCAAAAUGAAUGGUUGCUCAUACGAUGUACUUUAUUUAUAUGUCUAUUUAUAAUGUGUAGCACAUGAUGUAUGUUUUUUUUAAACGUGGCUCUUCUUAAAAUCCUGAACAUUUGAUUGGUUUGUGGUGCCAAAACAUCUGCCUGCAUUUCUGUCUCUGUGUGUAAUAAAUGUUUAGCUUUUACAAACCUACUGUAUGCAAAAUUGAAUGUAAUUCUGAGCUACGUUCAGCUCCGACCACAGUGGGGUUUCUUUUAUUAAAUACCCCAAAUCUUAACAGUAUCUUUGCACCUUUGAAGCCACUUUUUAUAUCAUUCAUCUGGGACUUUAACAUAUCUUCUAUUUAAAAGAGAUAUUGCAUGCCAUGCAUCCAAAUUUGUGCACCAAAAAUGUACUGUACAGUAAAUACAAAUUGUGUAAAUGUUAUUUAUGUCGUGCUGGGCAUGUUUGACCCAUGACCUCUCUCUCUCUCUCAUACUGCCGUUGCAAUAUAUAUAUUUUUUCAAGAUAUAAUGAAUGACUAUACAGUGUUUUAUAUUUGUAAAUUUGUGUUAUUUGUUGAGAAUGACUCUUUAUGAGCAUGUUUAAUUGUUUGAAAUAUUAUUAUUAUUUGAAAUAAUAUGAAAGAAUAUUUUUCAUUUCAUUACAUAAUUCAAUAUAAAUCCAUUCUUGAAUACUGUAACCAUAUACUGCAGCAGUCUUGAGCUCUUUGCAUGUUAAUACAGGGCUGAAGCCGACCAAUGAAAACCUC